CUCUCUGCCCUGUGGUUGGGGGUGACUGGGUGGGGAACCUCUAUACAUAGUACUAACAACAUAUUUGAUGCCUGACACAGAUCCUGGCUCGCAUUAGGUACUCACUCAUUACACAUGGUGGUGUUGGGUGUUGAAGAAAUGGAGAGAAUUGUUGAUCAGAUGUGGUAGGCAGAGUAAAGGAGUAGUCUAGAGACGAAUGACUCAGUCGAUUUUCUUUAGAGACGAAGUGGAUGCCCCUCACCAAGAAUGAAAUUAUGGGACAUAAAUGAUGUGGUAGAAAAGAUUAAGCUACACAUGGAAUUGUGGGAAGAUCCUGGAAGAUACAGUAACAAAAAGAAGAAUGACUGGGAGAGCCAGAGCGAGAGCAAGAGGAAGGGCUCGUGGUCAGGAGGCGGUGCAGUGCGCGGGCGCCGCUGCAAGUCAGCAGCCUGGUUAUAUUCAGCCUAGACUGCAGCCGCCACCAGACGAGGGGGAGUUAGUUGGCCGCGGACGACAGAGAGGAACAGUAGGAGCGACAGCCAAGCCACAAGAACUCCAGAUAUCUGCUGGAUUUCACGAGUUAUCAUUAGCAGACAGAGGAGGUCGUCGUAGAGACUUUCAUGAUCUUGGUGUGAAUACAAGACAGAACCUAGAUCAUGUUAAAGAAUCAAAAACAGGUUCUUCAGGUACUAUAGUAAGGCUGAGCACUAACCAUUUUCGAUUGACAUCCCGUCCCCAAUGGGCCUUAUAUCAGUAUCACGUUGACUAUAACCCGUUGAUGGAAGCCAGAAGACUCCGCUCAGCUCUUCUUUUUCAACAUGAAGAUUUAAUUGGAAGGUGUCAUGCUUUUGAUGGAACGAUAUUAUUUUUACCUAAAAGACUACAGCACAAGGUUACUGAAGUUUUUAGUCAGACCCGAAAUGGAGAGCAUGUGAGGAUAACUGUCACCUUGACAAAUGAGCUCCCGCCCACAUCACCAACUUGUUUGCAGUUCUAUAAUAUUAUUUUCAGGAGGCUUUUAAAGAUGAUGAAUUUGCAGCAGAUUGGACGGAAUUAUUAUAACCCAAGUGACCCGAUUGAUAUUCCAAAUCAUAGGUUGGUGAUUUGGCCUGGCUUCACUACUUCUAUUCUUCAGUAUGAAAAUAACAUCAUGCUUUGCACUGAUGUCAGUCAUAAAGUCCUUCGAAGUGAAACUGUUUUAGAUUUCAUGUUCAACUUGUUUCAUCAAACUGAAGAACAUAAAUUUCAAGAACAAGUUGCUAAAGAGCUGAUAGGUUUAAUUGUUCUCACCAAGUAUAACAAUAAAACAUACAGAAUAGACGAUAUUGACUGGGACCAGAAUCCAAAGAGCACCUUCAGGAAAGCCGACGGCUCUGAAGUCAGCUUCUUAGAGUACUACAGGAAGCAAUAUAACCAAGAAAUCACCGACUUGAAGCAACCAGUUUUGGUCAGUCAGCCGAAGAGAAGGAGAGGCCCCGGAGGCACGUCACCAGGCCCUGCGUUGCUUAUCCCUGAGCUCUGCUACCUCACAGGUCUAACUGAUAAAAUGCGUAAUGAUUUUAAUGUGAUGAAAGACUUGGCUGUUCAUACAAGACUAACUCCAGAACAAAGGCAGCGUGAAGUAGGAAGACUGAUUGAUUACAUUCAUAAAGAUGACAACGUGCAGAGGGAGCUUCGAGACUGGGGUCUGAGCUUCGACUCCAGCUUACUGACCUUCUCAGGAAGAAUUCUGCAAGCAGAGAAGAUCCAUCAGGGUGGAAGAACAUUUGAUUACAGUCCACAGUUUGCAGAUUGGUCAAAGGAAACAAGAGGUGCACCAUUAAUUAGUGUUAAGCCACUAGAUAACUGGCUAUUGAUCUAUACUCGAAGAAAUUAUGAAGCAGCCAAUGCGUUGAUACAAAAUCUAUUUAAAGUUACACCAGCCAUGGGCAUACAAAUGAAAAAAGCAGUAAUGAUUGAAGUGGACGAUAGAACUGAGGCCUAUUUAAGAGUCUUACAGCAGAAGGUCACGUCAGACACCCAGAUAGUUGUUUGCCUGUUGUCAAGCAGUCGGAAGGACAAAUAUGAUGCUAUUAAAAAGUACUUAUGUACAGAUUGCCCUACUCCAAGUCAGUGUGUGGUGGCCCGAACCUUAGGCAGACAACAGACUGUCAUGGCCAUUGCUACAAAGAUCGCCCUGCAGAUGAACUGCAAGAUGGGAGGAGAGCUUUGGAGCGUUGAUAUGCCUCUAAAGCUCGCCAUGAUAGUUGGCAUUGAUUGUUACCAUGACACCGCAGCUGGACGGAGGUCAAUUGCGGGCUUUGUAGCAAGCAUCAAUGAAGGGAUGACCCGCUGGUUCUCUCGCUGUGUAUUUCAAGAUAGAGGGCAAGAGCUAGUAGAUGGGCUCAAAGUCUGCUUGCAAGCUGCUCUGAGGGCUUGGAAUAGCUGCAAUGAAUACAUGCCUAGUCGAAUUAUCGUGUAUCGGGAUGGCGUAGGAGACGGUCAGCUUAAAACGUUGGUGAACUAUGAAGUACCACAGUUUCUGGAUUGCCUAAGAUCUGUUGGUAGAGGUUACAACCCAAGACUAACGGUCAUUGUGGUGAAGAAACGAGUGAACGCCAGAUUUUUUGCUCAGUCUGGAGGAAGACUUCAAAAUCCACUUCCUGGAACAGUUAUUGAUGUAGAGGUUACUAGACCAGAAUGGUAUGAUUUCUUUAUCGUGAGCCAGGCAGUGAGAAGCGGCAGUGUUGCUCCCACACAUUACAACGUCAUCUAUGACAGCAGUGGCCUGAAGCCAGACCACAUACAGAGGUUAACUUACAAGCUAUGUCAUAUCUAUUAUAACUGGCCAGGCAUCAUCCGUGUUCCUGCCCCUUGCCAGUAUGCCCACAAACUGGCUUUCCUCGUUGGCCAGAGCGUUCACAGAGAGCCCAGCCUGUCACUGUCAAAUCACCUUUACUACCUCUAACCUACAGGAAGAAGACAAGAUGUAGCGGUUUGUUUUCUUUGUGAAAUUAUAACUUUGGGAUUUUUUGAAGCUUUUAUUUUUUAACUGUUAUCUUUCCAGGUGAAACUUGGGAAGGAAAUUAGGAGAUCUAGAGUCUUAUUUCCAACAGUGCUAUUAACUGACUUAUUUUUAUUUUAUAGGUAAAAAUUAGGAUUUUAUAUUUUAUCUUGUUUGAUUCUCAUAAAUAGGUUGUGAGGAUUUUUUGUUUUGAAAAAAAAUGUGGAUAAGAUGCUUUGUAUUAUAAACAGACUCUUAAAAUAUUGGAAAAGUUGGGAUUUACUUGAAAUUGCUUUCAGGAGUGAGCAAGUCCUACUUGUAAGGCUAUAUUAACCUUAUUUUUGAAAUAUUUAUUUUGAAUUUAAAGGAGAGAAAAGGCAUAAAGUGGAGGCUCAGUACAGUCGUACGGUAGGAUUUUAUUUGAGCGUCUGAUGAUCUCAUUUUAAAGAAGAAGCUGCCAUUAAAUAACCUAUACAAGGUAUAGGGAAGGCGUGAGACUGUGGAGAAAUAGGCUUAUUUUUAUUUCAUUUUUGGGGCUAGGUGUUAUGGGGGUUAAAAAAGAAGAUAGUUGAGGGCUUCCCUGGUGGCGCAGUGGUUGAGAGUCUGCCUGCCGAUCGAUGCAGGGGACGCGGGUUCGUGCCCCGGUCCGGGAAGAUCCCACAUGCCGCGGAGCGGCUGGGCCCGUGAGCCAUGGCCGCUGAGCCUGCGCGUCCGGAGCCUGUGCUCUGCAAUGGGAGAGGCCACGAUAGUGAGAGGCCCGCGUACCGCAAAAAAAAAAAAAAAAAAAAAGAA